AGUUCGAGUUCGAAUUAAUUGACAACAGCGUAGCAAGAGUGAGAUGGUGCGUGACACAUGGAGAAUUUUGUACUCCCCAUGAUAGAUGAAAAAGUUUAAAUACCCCCAGAGUUUUGUAAAAGUAUUUAUACCACCCCUCGAAAAGUAUUAUAAAAACCUCCUCUAAGUUUGCCGAAUCUGUGGUGGCGUUUAAACUUGUCGUGGUCCAAGCUUGGUCCGAAGUGUCAGCCAGAGUCUUGUGGCCGUCCAACAGAUUAUGAAUCUCUUGGUGGGUAAGUCGGCUGUUCCCUAUUUCUCUGUCUUCUUUUAUUGCUUUGAAAUUUUAGUACAAAAAGAUAGGUAGAUCUGAUCUCAUUCAUCUGGAAUUAUAAGACUAAGACUAAGAAAACAAAACAAAAUAUGGAGCCCUCCAACUGUAAUUUAUAUAAGCUCUAGGUGGGUUUUCAGUUUGUGGAUUAAACUGAUAUUAUCACUGAAGUUCAAGAAGAUAGCCUUAUCAGGAAAGAAAUGUGGAGGAGUUUAUUGAAGCAGGGGGUUUCAGUUUUUGGGAGGACAAACCCAUUCAAACAAUUCCCAUUUCAAUAUAUUAGCAGCAGUAAUAAUGUUAAACCUCCCUUAUUAUGGUUCUCUCACAUUCUUCCGUUUUCGUCCUCUUCGGAAACGGAAUCGCAAUCUCAAUCUCCGCCGUUAAAUUCCAAGGAGAUGUCGUUCGCGGAGGCCAAGAGAUUGAUGAGAUUGGUGAAUGUGGAGGCGUUGAAGAUGAAGCUCGGGAUGCAAGGGAAGGAGGUGAUUGGUUACAAAGAGUUGCUUGAAGCGUGUGAAAGCAUGGGAAUCGCCAGGUCUCUGGAAGAGGCCAUGGCUUUCGCACGUGUUCUUGAUGAUGCUGGUGUUGUUCUUCUCUUUCGUGACAAGGUGUAUCUUCAUCCCGAUAAGGUGGUUGAUCUUGUUAGAAGAGCAGUCCCACUUGCUCUAACUUCGGAAGAUGAUCCCAUGAGGGAUGAAUUAAAGAUGCUGAAGGAGAAGAAGGAAGAAAUUGACAUGCUAGCUCAUAAGCAAGUUCAACGCAUCCUCUGGUGUGGGCUGGGUUUCUCUAUUUUACAGAUUUGUCUUUUCUUCAGAUUAACAUUCUGGGAAUUCUCAUGGGAUGUUAUGGAACCCAUUGCAUUUUUCUCCACAACAACCGGCAUAAUCUUAGGCUAUGCCUACUUCUUGUUCACUGCAAGAGAUCCCACUUACCAAGACCUUAUGAAGAGACUCUUUCUCUCCAGGCAGAGGAAAUUAAUCAAGAGGCACAAUUUUGACGUUAACAAAUUCAAGGAAUUACAAUUGAAGUGCAAAACCCCUCAUGAUGCUUGUACCUCUCUCAAAAAUCGUACAGGGCUGGAACUGGACAUUGAGGAUGCUUUACAUAGGGACUAACUCAACUCUCCACACACAUUAUUUCGCCCAAAAUACAUCAUCAUCCAAGUCUAUUUUGGUAACCAGUUUGUCUCCUCUUGUUUUCAUGAAGGUAGGGCAAAUAUUUAACUUCUUUUUUUAUUUUCACAAAGUAGCCAUCAAUUUUGUCACAUGAAUUCAUUUUUAUGCCCAUAGUAACCUAUCUCUCAGCUUUGACAAACACUUACUUUUCAAGUUGCUGGUUAGUUUUUUUUUUUUUUCUUGGUAGGUUACACGGCCUGUGUCAAAUAUAUUACAUUCGCAGACCACUUAUGAGACUAUUUGUACUUGGAAUUUAUGAAAGCAUGUAUGAAUUUAUUCAA